AGCGUUUAGCUGCCCGUUACCAUAGGAAAGAAGGAGGCGUACUUGGUAUAGCCAACGCACUCCGCAAUUGACCGAAGAGGGUCAGCCACUGACUCGGCGUUGCCGCCGCCUCCUAAAACGCAGCGCAAAUGGAGAGCAUAUUCCCCCAAACGAGAAGCUGUCCGCGAAACGAGCCGUGCGUUGUCUGACGCUGCGCCGGCCGGCCCUUGAGGAUUUAGGACGCCUUUGAGCCGUAUAUUGGAAGCUCAUUCGUGGGCCGGACGUUUCUGUCAGCGGGGAUCCUGAAUCGCAUGCUGCUAGCAUGGACGAGAACAAUCAAGGUUCACUGAGAGGAAGAGAAGGUGCGACGGAUGGGAAAAGCUCCACUGAUGGAAGAUUGCGUGACACACGCAGGAAAAAGUACCCGAAGACCUGUCGUCGGAGGAGCGUGAUGAGCUGCGUAACAUCCGUCGCAGGAAGAAGGAGCUGCUGGAUGAUAUUGAACGUCUGAAGUUUGAGAUAGCAGAAGUCAUGACGGAAAUCGAGCAAUUAACCUGCGUGGGGGAAAGCAAAAGCACACAACGAAACAAACAGAUGGCCAUGGGGCGGAAGAAGUUCAACAUGGACCCCAAAAAGGGCAUCCGCUUCCUUCUGGAAAACGACCUCCUCCACAACACGCCUGGGGACAUCGCGCAAUUUCUCUACAAAGGGGAGGGGCUUAACAAGACGGUGAUUGGGGACUACUUAGGGGAACGCGAUGACUUCAACAUCAAGGUGCUCCAGGUUUUUGUGGAGCUUCAUGAGUUUGCAGACCUCAACCUCGUUCAAGCCUUAAGGCAGUUCCUGUGGAGCUUCAGACUUCCUGGCGAAGCGCAGAAGAUUGAUCGAAUGAUGGAGGCCUUUGCCUCUCGCUACUGUCAGUGCAAUCCUGGCGUCUUCCAGUCCACAGACACCUGCUACGUGCUUUCGUUUGCCAUCAUCAUGCUGAACACCAGCUUGCACAACCCUAACGUCCGAGACAAGCCGCCCGCCGAGCGCUUCAUCACCAUGAACCGGGGCAUCAACGAGGGCGGGGACCUGCCAGAGGAGCUGCUCAGGAAUUUGUACGAGAGCAUCAAGAGCGAACCGUUCAAGAUCCCAGAGGACGACGGCAACGACCUGACGCACACGUUUUUCAACCCAGACAGGGAGGGCUGGCUGCUCAAAUUAGGAGGCCGAGUGAAAACCUGGAAGAGGAGGUGGUUCAUCCUGACGGACAACUGCCUCUACUACUUUGAAUACACAACUGACAAGGAGCCCCGAGGGAUUAUUCCCCUGGAGAAUCUCAGUAUCAGGGAAGUGGAGGAGCCCAGGAAGCCGAACUGCUUCGAGCUGUACAACCCGAGCCACAAGGGUCAGGUGAUCAAAGCCUGCAAGACCGAGGCGGACGGCCGCGUGGUGGAAGGCAACCACGUGGUCUACCGAAUAUCGGCGCCCACGCCCGAGGAGAAGGAGGAGUGGAUCAAAUCCAUUAAGGCCAGUAUCAGCAGGGACCCCUUCUACGACAUGCUGGCCACCAGGAAAAGACGUGUCGCCAGCAAGAAGUGAAGCGUAUGGCUGCAAUAGCCGCCAAAAUGGUGAUGUGUUUCUUUUUUUAGGGGGGGGGGGGGGGGUUGAAGUGAGUUGUACCUGGUGGAAGAGCGACCAGCUGUGCACUCGCGCAGACUUUUUGCAUCGGCCUCCUCCCUCGCCUCAUUUUACUAAAACAUCCUUCAGAUGCACAUGCAUGUGGGCCAUCUGAGACCCACGUGCCUGCGCAUGCAUGCGUGCGUGCGUGAGAGAGAUCCUCGCCACUGUGCUGCAUGACAGAGACAUCCAAAAAACGCCAUGAGUCAGCUGGACUGAUUUCCUUCACUAGUGAAGGGCAGACAAUUAUUAACUUGCAUUUGUGUUUGUGAUGUAAAGUCAGUCAAGUUUUUUUUAGGGCUACACUGAAAAGAAAAAAAACCCAAUACUUGGAGAGCAAAGCCAUCAUUUUCACCCAAAAAACUAACAUAAGGAGACAAAUGUGGGUUUUAAUGUAUAAAAAAAAUAUUUUCUUGAGGAAAAAGUCUUUAUUGUUCAAGAUCACUGACACUAAAAACCCGUUAUCUCACAAAAAUAAAAAUAUAACAUGCUAGAAAGAAAUUUAGUUAUCCAUCCAUCCGUUUUCUGUACCGCUUUGUCCCCACGAGGGUCGCGGGGAAAUUCAGUUAUAAUAUAUAUAAAUUGUAUUUCCCCCCAAAUAAAGUCCUAUUAUGAGAACAAUUUUAAGGAUUCAAUUAUUUUUCUUAUAAAGUUGUCAUAUUAUGAAAAAGUUGAGUUUUUUCUCAAGAAAUUUAAGCAAAUAUUUUUUUUAGAAUAAGGUUAUUCUUUUACACUAAUAAAGUUUUACUGUGAGAAAAAUGAUAAUUUUUUUACAAAUGAAUUUACCUAAAGUUCUUCUAUCACAAUAUAAAAACAGGUCUGAGAAAAAAAAUGUGCUUCAAGGAAAAUUACAUGUUUUACUGUGAGAAAAAUGAUAAUUUUUUUGCAAGUGAAUUUACCUAAAGUUCUUCUAUCACAAUAUAAAAACAGGUCUGAGAAAAAAAAAAAUGUUCUUCAAGGAAAAUUACAUGUUUAUAAUGAUAUUUUAUGAGAAAAAAAGCAGUCAUUUACCAAGAAGGCCUCACAUGCCAGGAAAAAACAGUUGCAAUAGGAAGAGGAAAAAAGUCAUUCCUGAGUUUCAAAAAAGAAAAAAAACGUGUCGUGCUGCUGUGAUCAAAAGUUGCCAUUUUGUAACACUGAAUUCAUCUUGACUCUGGAGUCCUAAAAUCCGAAGUUGUCAUUUUAUAAGAACACAAAAGUAAUUUUAUAAGAAUAGAAGAAAGUACUUUAAAAAAUAUUUUAAAAGAAUAAAGUAAUUUUACACAAAUAAAAAAUUGUAAUACGAGAUUUUAAAAAAGAAACAAAAAUAAAGUUAUUUCAAAAGAAUAAAGUUGUAGAUUUUCAAUCGAAGUCAUAAUUGUACAAAAAUGAUGUCGAUUUUCAACAAUAAAAUUAGGAUUUUUUACAAGAGCUGAUUUUUCUGGGGGCGGGUAAAUACCUGCCUGGUGGUCUUGUCAAGUUUUGUCAACGUUAUUAUAAAGAAAGCUAAUGUCAUACUGUCCUGUAAUGUGUGUACUUGGAAAAAUACAUUUCCCCCCACAUUCAAAAAAAUACAAUGAUGUACACUUAUAGCUGGGUUUUUUUUUUUUAAUGAUUCCCUGGUUCUGAAAUGUUAAUCUCUUAACUUCCAAUUCUUUUCAGUGUGGCCUUAAUAUGCCUCGUUUUUAAGAUGUUGGCCAGCAGUCUAAUGAAGCUUUUGGUUUUGUUUGUUUGUUUGUUUGUUGUCAUCGUGGUAACAUGUUUUGUUUUUGUAAUCUUUGCUUGCUAUUUGUGUUUUCCAACUAUAAUGUCACUUGUUAAUCUUAUUUAUUUUUAAUGAGAGAGAGAGAGAGAGAGAGAGAGGGAGGGGGAGAGAGAGAGAGGGGGGGAGGGGGAGAGAGAGAGAGGGGAGGGAGGGAGAGGAGGGAGAGAGAAUUGUGACGAUGUUUUAUCAAAAAAGUCACGACUGACGUCAGUCGUGACAUUUUUGAUAAAACAUCGUGUGUGAUAUUCCAGAAAAUGGUGCUAAAUGUGACAUUUCUGAAAAUUGUAAUGGUGAUGAAAACAAACAAACUCCAGCCGAAUCGGCCACUACAGGUUAAUUAAAGGCCAUAUCAUACAAA